AUCUCUUUGCAAUAUUAAGCAAGGAAUAACAAACGUUAAGCGAUAAAUUUUUUAUCAGACGGUCGUUUAUAUAUUAACGUUGAUUUAUUAACCAAAGUCUUAUCGAAGGUUUUCGAUUAAGGUGUUCAUGACUUGGACUUUUUAUUUAAAACAUGUCUCUCUAAUUAUUUGUUGUGCAUUCAGAACACAAUAAAUACGAAAGGCAAUAAGAAAAAAGGAAUAAAACUGACAAAUAAAUAAAGGUUACGAAAUUGCAAAAAUGAGGUAUUCAGUGUUAUUUUUUGUACUGGUAAAUGGAAUAAUAAGAGAUUCAGCAAUAACAUCUACAAAAACAGCUACAACAACAGAGCCAUUGACAACAAGAUCAUCAACAACAACAGAAACAACAGCAGCAACAGCAGCAACAGCAGCACCAGCAGCACCAGAAUCAGCUUCAACAUCAGCGCUUACUUCAACAAAAACGACAACAAAAACAACUACCACAUCACCAUCAACAACAACAACACAGUCAUCAUCUACUGUAUCCGAACAAACUGUAGAAACAACAGAAACAGCUACAACAACACAAGAGGUAACAACAACACCAAAAUCAACCACAAAAACAUCAGGGACUAUGACGGAAACAACAACAACACUAGCAAAGACAACAUUAACAACAGAAGACCCAACUACAACAACAACAAACAAAAGUUCGACUAAACCUGUCUCAACCACCAAUCAAACCGUAACUGAAUCAACAACACUACAGCCAAAUACAACAGCAUCAAAUUUAAGUACCGUAAUAGUAACAACAACGGAAACAGGCCAAUCAGGAUCACAUUCAACAGUAACUGUUUUCAAUGAAACAACUACGACUGAAAUAAAUACAACAGAUUCAAGAGAUACGACAAUAAGUUCAUCGGACUCAUCAACUUCGAUAGCAACUUCAACAAAACAGCCAGACACGACCACUAAAUAUCCUGGUGAAACGAAAUAUUUAAGUUCUCUGAGAAUUAACAUUGACUUGCAAAUCAGCUUAUCAAACGCAACAUAUAAUGAGUCAUUAAAAGAUAAAUCGUCAGACAUAUACAAAGCCUACAAACGUUCUUUCAGGACUAAGCUGUAUGAGACAUAUGAAGAUAUAUCAGGUUUUAACCAUGUAAUUAUAAAUAAUUUCAGUAAUGGAAGUGUCGUUUGUAAUUACACUGUUGUAGUAAAUGCUGACUCAAAUAUAACUGUCAUUGGUGACAAAAUAGCAAAUGCAACUUUGAACUUGACGACCUCAAGUUUGAACAUAGACAACGAAGUCUUCGAAAUAUAUGUAAAUGAAUCGAUUGUUAAUGCCAGCAUUAAAAAAAGACCUAUAUAUACCCGUCUCCUACCUACAUACACCCAAUAUCAGCGUCUGGACACAGAGACAGUACUAAAUCUGGACAAUCUAUGUAUGACUACAUUGAUACAGAAUCGAGGUUUGAGAUUCAACGUCCAAGAAUUCGUUCUUUGGCCAUUCAGUGCAUUUUGA